AUGCAAUAUAAAGAUUUUUUUGACCUAACCUAUCCGCUGGCAACAGUUGGGCCGUUUAAAUCAAAUAUUGGCAAAUUUCUUUUUGAUCGAACUGUCAAUGCCACAGGUCAUAUAACAUCUAGCAGAACCUUAGCAGUAUAUUUUACGACCUUUGUCAACACCAGCACAAAAGCACGGCGACUUCAACUGUUCGAAAAGCAUGUUUUAAAACAGGUGGAGAAGCAUAAUGCAAUUGCCAAGAACGCUAUACGAUUUGUACUUCAUGGAGCAUAUCCAGUUUCACAGGAAGUUAAGCGAGGCGUUAAGACAGCAGCUAAAUAUUACUUAACCGGUGCCGUGUUACUGAUAUCAUUUGUGAUCGGAUCAUUCAUUUUGGCAUCGCUUACCUACAGACAAAAAAUUUCCAGCUACAUUGCUGUCAUUGCUGCAGCAAUACUAAGUCCAGUUUUGGCUUCCAUAACAGCACUUGGAAUAGUGUUGCUAAUCGGCUUACAUAUCAAUAUGCUUGUAUUAAUCUCACCAUUUUUAACGUUAGCAAUGGGCAUAGGUAAUCGUCAUUUCACAACUUUAUAA